AUGGAGCUGGAACCGAAACCAGUUUUAAACAAUCUCCUGUCUGUCAAUACAUGGGAUGAUAUGGUUUCCUUAGAGGUAGAGCCUCAGCCUAUCAAACUUUCGGUGGAACACUUACUCAUGUACCGGACACGUGGUUCCGAGCUUUCAACAGAACUUCUAAAUACACCAACUCUCAAGGAGACUCCAGAACCACCUCGAUCAUGUCAAGCAGCUUCUCUCAGACCGGAAAAUAGAAGGGCUUUGGCCCUCCCUAAAGCUUCUGAUCUCGAUAAACUGCCAAUCGCUCGACGUUGCUUCGGCUUGCCCGGAUGCCAAAUGCAAGGUCCUGGAUAUCUGAUAGUCCCAGGGCUAUUCAAGGACGCUGUUAUCGUUUCAAUAGAUUUCGAGAACGUGAAAGCUGUUAAACGCCGAACUACGGACACUGUGUUCGCACAAAUGGGUGUUUGCAUCCUUGAUACCCGUGAUCUCUCCGAUUCCUCGAAGACAAAAUCACCUGAGAGCUUGCUUCGCUCUUACAAUUUCUCCACUAGAGCCGUACCGAAGUGGAGACGUGGCCAAGGUUGGAAUUUUAUAUUUGGAGACACAACUUAUACGAGCUUGACAGAGUUUUGUAGCGAGCUCGAAAACUUGAUCGAUCGGUCCAGGAAUAUCAUCUUUCUGGGUCAUAAUGUGGCCAACGACUUGUCUACUCUUAAGGCUUUAGGAUUUGAUGUUAAAACUGGAGUAUCUGCUGUUCUUGAUACGCAACAUCUCAUGAGGACGAUAUUUCUGCCUAAUCAUAAGCCGACGAGCCCGGUUCUUCCUCGGUCGCAGUUUGAUCAGAGACUGGUAGGUCUGCUGAACAUGUUGGGGUGCGAGUGCAGAGAUUUGCAUGUUGGAGGUAAUGAUGCGAACUUCACUAUGAGGGCUUUGCUCUUACUACUAGUGGAGAACUUGAGAAGAACGUACAAUGUUAUUGAACCAGCUCUCAAAGCGAGAGUGGCGUUGAUGGAAAGCAUCGCAAGAGCGAAGUUGCCAGCCCCAGCUUCAGAGAACAAGGCAGCAUCUGUCCAGCCAUUGUAUCAGAUAUCAUCGACUUUCGAAUAUGCUUAUGGGGGAAGGCCUGCAGAAGAGAUUGCGACUCAGGAGUUUCUAAAAUGGCAUUUACAAAUAUCGUGGCAGCAAUACUGGGUUGGGCAGCAAUACUUGGCAUGGCAGAAGCUUUUGUCUGAGCGAGUACCAUUGCCUUGGCAACAGUAUUCUCAAUAAGACCAUCCUCACAGAUACCGGUACAUCCAGGCAGGACAGAGAUC